AUGUCUCUCAUCCAGCUGGAAGAGCUUGUUACCUACCAGCUCCGCACCGGGUACCUCAACGAAAUCGCCGAUGGCGUAGGCGAGCGACUCAUCAGCGUCAACGACAGCAGCAUCAACACCGUGCCAUUCAAGUCAGCUGGCUGGCGGCCGAACUCAUCGCAUGUCAAACGCACCCAUUCUCCUCCGAUCCCUACGGCCAUCGCGUCAGAGUAUUUCCAGGCACCACGACAAGCUGGUCUGACGCUGGAAGAUGGCUUCGAAGAUGGCGGUUUGCUUACGGGCGGAGGCGCUGACACCAUGGGCCCUGGAGCAGCAACCAAGAGGCGCAGGCGCCGCGAGCAGAUGGAGGAGGACGACAGUAGCGACUUUAGCGACGAGAGUGAGGACGAAUCUGAACACCGGGCGGCGCAGCAGAUAAAGUUUGCCAAGAUGCCCGUAAGACACCGCGCGGGAUCCUCGCCUGGUCAGGCCUCGCAUCUUCAACCUAUGAACACUUCUCCUCGAGCCCCCAGGCGGGGCUCCCAGUCAUCCCUCAACAUCUUGCCCGGGCGGCCACGACGAGAUACGGUGACUAGCAGUGAAGUGUCCUCUGAAAAUGAGUUCGACGUGCCGGUCGCGUACAGACACAGGGAGGCAGCGCGAGCGGCCACCAGGGCAAUGAGGAUGCAAGAUAAGAUCAACGAAGAACCUUCGCCAGGUGUGCAGUUUGGUGACUCUUCUUUGCCCCGCGAAGAGGAUGAGGACGACGAUGACUCGGAUGAGGGCUCGGAUAUCUCGGGAGAAUACGUUGCGAGCAUUGACGAGGCUUCGAUUCUGGAUGUCGUGGAGAACAACCCCAUCAAUGCAUCCCCUACUCGGCAAGUGGUGGGCACACCGCCGAGGAAUUUUACCAGGCAGUCUACGAUUCGAGUCUCACAGGCGGCCGCUCCUCCAUCAGUUUUCAAAGCAUUGCCGCCUCCACGACCGAUGAGCACCAUUCGACCCCUCAGCGUCGUUCAACCUCAAAGUCUGCUCUCUGUGGCAAUCAAGGCCAAGCGGUACAAGUCAAGCGUGCCCUUUCAGAAGUUUGCUCACCUAAAUGGAGAGGGAACGCAAGGGGCCAUGACUAUCCGCAUCUACGCCGCAUUCUCCAAGACACCAAACAAGUUUCUGGAAGUGCUUAUCCGGCCUAGAGUGCAAAAUGGUCAGGGGGUAGAGAGGGCCGUCACCAUAGCCGACUUGAUAGGGUUGGGGCUAUACAAGUACAACGAAGAGAAGAGAGAGCCUCCCAUUGCUCCUAAAAAGCGCAACAUCAACUGGUAUAAUCUCAGAAUGGUGGAAGAAGGCGGCGAUGUGGACGACGACUUCUCGCCGUUUGUCCGGACAAAACCUCUGACAACUGCCACUACCGUCAAUAACGCCCACAUGAGGGGCGGCGGACGAAUGCGAUCCAACUCAAAGGUUUACGACGAGUUUGCUAUUGUGGCCGCUACGGAAUCAGAGUAUGAGGCCAAUCAGAAAUUAACACCUCAGGAAGACGAGGAAGAGGAAGCGCAGCCCUCUCAAGAUAGCAUUCCGGAAGAGGGCACUCCCGUGGGAAAUGAAAAUGAAACCGCAAACGCCGGUAUCAAUGCCAGUGGCAUGUCAUCUCCGCCGUCUGUUCAUCCCCGACCGAAUCCGAUCACCACGACGGCUUACCGGCCAAACGCACUCUUGGCAGAUGCCCCUCAAACGCGCACCACUGUGUCAAACGCGAUGCGGGGCCAGCAGAAGUUGCUACGGAUCUACAUCAUGUCAUCCGAUGUGGCGGCAGGCCAGAUGGUGACACUUGACAUCACCACUGACACUUACUUUGCUGAAGUGCUGGAUCAGGUAUGCCGCAAGAGACAUCUCGACAAGGCCAACCACGUAUUGAAGAUGCCGGGAUCUGGAGCACUCGUCAUGCUGGAUCGGCCGGUGUCCUCGAUUGGAAAUGUGACGGAUCUAGAGCUCUACAGACGUCGGUUUGCAACAGACGGUCCGCUAGCCAUAACGGGCUCGCCAGGGACCUCGUCACCCAAGGUGAUGCCGGUGCUGGACGGGCCGCCGCCGCGAAAGGGCCACAAGAAGGGCUACAUCACUGGCUCGCAUCCGUUGGCACGUGAGGUCAUCCAACCAGACGAGCUUCCCAGUGCCAACUACAAGAGGUACACGGUCUGGCGCAAACAGCCUAUGCGGAUCGUGGGAAUGAGUGAAAGGGUGUUGGUGAUUGACGGCGAGUACAUCCACAUCGUGCCGGCAUCCGGGGGCAAGGCCGUCCAGGAAGGCGGAGGUAAGACGACAACGGUGCAUUUCAGCAACGUGAUAGGAUGCAAGGUGCCUCGGAAGCAUCCCACCAACGUCAAGCUCGUCGUUUACAAAGCCACGGAGAGCAAACGCUACGAUUUCGAGGCUCGGGGAGCUGACGAGGCUGCCGAGAUCGUGGCAGAGCUGAAAAAGGGCAUCUCGCCUUACAGGGAGGUCUGA